GGUACUUCAUGAACUACUUGCCAGUCGCACACCAGAUCUGUUGAACAUGAAUUCUACCCAGGAUUCAGUAGUACCGCAGAUCCAGAAAUAUGUCGGUAACACCUAGAAUUGCAAUUGCACCAUUCAAGAGAAUCGCUCUCACAAAGUCACUCAUUCCAAGUACCUACAAGUACGCAGCCCAACGACCCCGCUACUAUUCCUCUCUUCCUCCCACAGCCCGACUCAACAUCCCCACGGAUUUCUCUACCACUCCUCUUCUCGCCCACAGACCGCAGUCGGCGCUCCAGAAUAAUGAGUUGGAGGAGGAGGUCAGGAAUGGGACGACGCAGCAGAUGAACCUAUUCCAAUCCAUCAACGAUGCUCUGUCCAUAGCCUUGGCUUCCGACGAUUCAGUCUUGUUGUUCGGAGAAGACGUUGCGUUUGGGGGCGUUUUCCGAUGUAGUAUGAACCUGGCCGAGAAAUACGGGACAGAAAGGGUCUUCAAUACCCCAUUGUGUGAGCAAGGGAUCGUUGGAUUUGCAAUUGGCGCGGCGGCAGAGGGAGCAAAGGCCGUUGCGGAAAUCCAGUUUGCGGACUACGUAUACCCAGCUUUUGAUCAGCUCGUCAACGAAGCUGCAAAGUUCAGAUAUAAGGAUGGGCAGGCUGGUCGGAACGUUGGUGGGUUGACAGUGAGAAUGCCAUGUGGUGGUGUUGGUCAUGGAGCACUGUUCGUCGUUCAAGUCUCCCCAGUUUGGCCCUACUAAUAGAUUUCUUGCAGAUACCAUUCUCAAUCUCCUGAGAGUCUGUUUACUCACAUCCCCGGCCUCCGCGUCAUAAUGCCCCGCUCCCCGAUCCAAGCGAAAGGCCUCCUCCUCUCCGCAAUAGCUAGCAAAGACCCAUGUAUAUUCAUGGAACCCAAAGCCCUUUACCGUGCAACCGUAGAACAUGUUCCAACAGCCCCCUAUACUCUACCCCUUUCCAAAGCCGAAAUCUUGAAAGAAGGAUCAGACUUGACAAUCGUCUCCUAUGGACAUCCUCUCUACACAUGCAGCUCCGCGAUCGAAAAAGCAGAGAAGGAUUUCGGUAUCAGUGUAGAAUUGAUAGAUUUACGGACUGUGUAUCCAUGGGAUAAAGAAACUGUUUUAGUAAGUGCUAGGAAAACGGGAAGAUGUCUUGUUGUUCAUGAGAGUAUGGUUAACGCCGGUAUUGGUGCGGAAGUCGCGGCUAGUAUUCAGGAAGAUAAAGAAACAUUUAUCAGAUUGGAGGCUCCAGUCAUGAGGGUUGCGGGGUGGAGUACUCAUAUGGGUCUUUUGUAUGAAAGGUUCAAUAUUCCGGAUGUUGCAAGUGAGUUUCUUCCUUUCUUGGAUCCUGAUAUGGGAAAUUGGAAUGCUAAUUGGCCGUAGGGGUUUACGAUACUAUCAAAAAAGCGAUUGAGUAUUAAUGAUGGUUUUUUAUGAUGGCAAUUCUUUGGGGAGUGGGCAUUGGAUGGCGUUAAGAAUUGAAAGACUAGGCAUUCGCAUUUGACGAAAGGCUACUCGAUUAG